GAAGCUGCGUAGACAAAAGGCCCCACUCUCCACUUCUAUAACAUCCCAUUACCCAAAUUCUUUCUUCUUCCUUCCUUCCUUCUCUCUCAAUCAAUCAUACACCCAAAAUCAACACAACAUCUUCUUCUUUUUCUUCCUCUCAAACCUCACUCAUGGCGGAGAAAGGCAGUAGCAGUCCAUUGCCAAAGUUCGGUGAAUGGGAUGUCAACGAUCCAGCAUCUGCCGAGGGAUUCACAGUAAUCUUUAAUAAAGCCAGGAAUGAGAAAAAGACUGGUGGCAUGCCUGACUCUCCAGCAAAGGAUGAAACAGCAUUCAAGAAUGGUUCUGUUCUUGGAAAGUCUCAACCUAAAAAAUGGUUUUGCUGCUUGCAAGCUGCGGAAUCAUGAAGGUUUUGGGUUCGAUAAAGGGGGUUCAGCAGAAAUGUAUAAUCUGAAAAUUCUGAACAACACGAGUGAAGCUGUAUUUAAAAACCUGUGAUGGAUAACGCUGGACUCCAUUUGUUAGAACUUUUGUCAAUAAUUUGGGGGUUUGGUUGGGGAUGAAGAUGAUUAAAUCCAAUCUAUGAUUGUCUUGUUAUGUUGUUCAUUCUGCAUAAAUGGCAAUUGUUGAAGAUUGUUGUAUUCAUCAUCAUCCCUCCUCCCCGCUACUUGUGAAAUGAUGUUGUUUGUUGACACUUUCUUGUAUGAAUGAUUUCAAAUGUCUCUCCUUUUCUAUGUAGUCUCAAAUCUUAUGCAAAGGGUUGUUUCAUAUCCUUAACACCUUCCAUUUCAAUUCAAAUUGGAUUUUAUGUAAUUUCUUUUAAUUAGAGACGAUGUUGAACUA